UUUAAAUACUAGAGCUUAUCCUUGUCACCAAAUACAGAAAACCACUUUUUUAUUCAUUUCUGCUAAAUAUUUGGGUAGUAAAAAAACUCGGUGUCAUUUCCGGCAAUUUACCUACCUUCAAGCCAUUGCUCAUCGCGUUGGCUAUGAUUAAUCAAAAAUUAAUUGGAGCAAGAACGAGAUAUCGAAUAUUGGGUAGGUAAGAAAGAGAUAAAGAGAGCUAGACAGAGGCCUAACCUCCUUAAGAGGUAUUUUUGUAACAAGUUAUUUGCCGGGUUUACGUUUUUUGUCGUUUAAAUCGAUGCAGAACCGGUUUUUGAAUGGCGCGCAAUGCUUGAAUUUUAAUAUUUGAAGGGAAUGCAUGGAAUGAAGGUCAUUAUAACAGAAAACGAUGAUUGUUCUAAAUAAUAAUCACAAUAAUUACCCCUCAAUACAAAACUACAUUUGAGACAUUCAAAAUAAUUUGCUUCAACUAAUUUAAAGAAAAUUACAAUGUUUUCUAGUAUUUUGACCUCAAACUGUUCUCAAGCAUUAGAAAAAUGUUAUGAUACAAUUUGUACCGUUGUAAAAUGAAGUUUAAUUUAAAGAUUUCGGCGAGGUUGAAUAGACUUUGGAGUUAUUAUCAGAGCUGUAUUAACUUGAUAAGUAUUUUUAACAUAUUUACAUUUAGAUAAGAGUUUGUUAAGUGGUUUUCAGUAAUAUUGCCACCUAUCCCAACAAUUACAAGUGUUUUUUUGUAUAAACCAUGUCUUUGGAUGAGAGAUUCAAAAAAGCAGCUGAUGACGUGCAAAAACUAAAAUCAAAACCUUCCAACGAUGAUUUGUUGGAAAUCUACGCUUUAUUUAAACAAGGUUCGGUUGGGGAUUGCAAUACAGAUCGACCCGGUAUGCUCGACCUGAAAGGCAAGGCCAAGUGGGAUGCCUGGAACGCGAAAAAAGGCAUGCCUCAAGACAAAGCUAAGGAAGAGUACAUUGCUAAAGUCGAAUCACUAGUUCAGUCCAUUGGUUUACAAUAAUUUUAUUUAAAUUUCCAUUGUUGCAUUACUUUUGAUAAUAUUUUUUUCGAAAUAAAAUGUGUUUUUUGAA